AUGUCUCCUCACGCAGAUCCUCUCCUCCACACACGAGUAUGGUGGAAAGAAGCCGUCUUCUAUCAGGUAUACCCCGCGAGCUUCAAGGACAGCAAUGGCGACGGCUGGGGCGACAUUCCGGGCCUUCUUUCGAAGAUUCCUUAUAUUGCCUCCCUGGGAGUGGACUGCGUAUGGUUAUCCCCUAUGUUCGAAUCCCCUCAAGUCGAUAUGGGGUACGACAUUUCGAACUACGAAGCGGUCGACCCCUCCUACGGCACGGUGGAAGAUGUAGAGCGACUGAUCAAGGUAUGCCACGACAAUGGCAUGAAGUUGAUUCUGGACUUGGUUGUGAACCACACAUCAGAUCAACACGCAUGGUUCAAGGAAAGCAGGAGUUCGAAAGAUAACCCCAAGAGGGAUUGGUACUUCUGGAGACCAGCACGGUAUGAUGAGCAGGGUAAUCGGAGGCCUCCGACCAACUACCGGAGCUACUUUGCUGGGACUUGGGACGAGCACACACAAGAAUACUAUCUCCACUUGUACGACAAGUCGCAACCCGAUCUGAACUGGGAAAACGAAGAAUGCCGCAAAGCAAUCUACGACUCUGCCAUGCGCUUUUGGCUCGACAAGGGGAUUGAUGGUUUUCGCGUUGACACUGUCAAUAAAUAUUCGAAGCAUAUCGAUUUUCCCGAUGCCCCGAUAACAGACCCUAAUACUUUUGUCCAACCUGCCGCACAGUUUUGGUGCAACGGACCGAGGAUUCAUGAAUUCAUCAAGGAGAUGAAUAGCAAAGUGCUUUCACAUUACAAGACGUUUGAUGGCCAGCCUGUAGUCACUGUUGGUGAGCUAUCAUUGACUCCGGACCCGGAGGGCGUGCUUUCGUAUGUCAGUGCGAGGGCAAAAGAGCUGGACAUGGUGUUCCAGUUCGAUCUAACUCAUUUGGGUCAAUCAAAUGGUUUCUCGGACAAGUACGACUUCACGGAGUGGACAUUACCCGAAAUGAAGCAGAUUGUGAAUAAGUGGCAGACUUUCAUCGAAGGCACCGACGGAUGGACGACGGUAUUCAAUGAGAACCACGAUAAUGGCCGAAGUGUAUCAAGAUUCGCAGACGACUCCCCUCAAUGGAGAGAAAAGAGCGCAAAGAUGCUCGCCAUGUGGCUAGUCACGCAAACUGGGACGCUCUUCUUGUACCAGGGGCAAGAGAUCGGGAUGAUCAACGCACCCAAGGAAUGGCCUAUUGAGGAAUACAAAGACGUCGAGUCGCUGAACUUCUGGAGCGAAGCAGUGCGGCUAGAGGAAAAUGGUAGUGAUCCGACUCGCAAAUCUCGCAUUAUGAAUGGUUUGCGGCUCAUGGCGCGGGAUCAUGCAAGACUCCCCUUCCAGUGGGACUCCAGCCCCAAUGCCGGUUUCAGUUCAGGGACGCCUUGGAUGCGGACCCACGAUCUGUACAAGGAGAUCAAUGCGGCGUCUCAAGAGAAGGACUUUAAUAGUGUGUUGUCGUUCUACAAGCGCAUGCUACGGAUGCGCAAAGAACAUAACGAUGUCUUCGUAUACGGUGCCUUCGAGUUGCUCAAACCCGAGGACCUCAACACCUUCAUGUUCAAGAAGCAUCACCAGGAGAAGACUGCGCUCGUCGCACUCAACUUCACUGCCUCUCCACAGCCUGUUCCUUCACCCAGUGAAGAUAUGACGAUGCUGGUAAGUUCGUAUUCGAAGACAUCAGGGGACGUGCUUCAGCCAUAUGAAGGAAGAGUGUAUAUCAACUAUUAG